AUGGCCGAAAACGAGACGAACGCCAACGACGGCAAAGUAAAUCUCAAAGUCGCUUACAGCCAGGGCGGUAGUGAAGAUGAAAUACAAUUCUCGGUAAAGCCAACAACAAAGCUUGGUAAAAUAUUUGCUGCUUUCUGCCAAAGAACUGGUCAAGAUCAAUCCACUGUUAGAUUCACAUUCAACGGCGACAGAUUGGAUCCAGACGAUACCGUCAAGCAAUAUGAAAUGGAAGACGACGACCAAUUACAGGCCCACGUCUCCCAAAUUGGCGGCCUUUAA